AACUCUGCUGACUAUUUCAAAAAAUCUGCAUUUAAAAACGAAAACAUAAACAAUCCGCCGGAGUUUUUGCAUUUUUAUAUUUAAAUUUUAAUAAAAAUUUAAUAAAAGCGAAUAGAAAUAUAUUUAUGACAACUAUAUGUAGUAAUGCAAAAUGUUGACCGCGCUGGUGCAACCAGUUUUAAAAUGUAUGCAUUUAUUGCACUCAAUAGCCGUAUUUAUACUGACCGCCAGUUAUCACAUUGGACGAGCCAUAUUCCUGCUACUAAUACAGGCCUGUAAUAUUAUACGAGAUAUAUUUACUGCUUUAGCUAUUAUAGGAGAAGAACUUUAUCGUUUUAUUUGUGAACUUAAUACCAGCAUAGCAGCUGUAACAAAUUAUAUCAGAACUUCCGCCAAUGGUGGCAUCAAUGGUAUGCUGGAAGCGGUGGGGGUUUUUAUAAAGCACAUAGCAAAGUUUUUUAUCAAUACACGUUUACACUCGAAGCUACUGGCUACACAAAUUGGUAGUUUUGUGGCAGAUUUUUUAAAUCUACUGAGAAAUGCUCUAUUAUUAAUAGCGGAUUGUGCUUGGUGGCUGAUUACACUCUUGCCCAGAUGGUUGCUUUAUGCCAUAAUCGCUGUGGGAGAUUUUAUAGUGGAUAGUGUUACCAAUAUACGCAUAACUGUGGUGUAUAUAGUAAAGGUUAUAGUGGAAGAUAUAUUUCGUUUAACUAUUGGUUUGGUAUUGCUGUUUCUUUUGUGGCACCAUCGUAGAAGAGUGGGCUAUGCUAUAUUGAGAUGUUGUUUGAAAAUAAAGAGGUUUAUUAGUUCAUGUUGCCUUUGUUUAAGCCAACUAACCAGGCGCUUGUUUAGACGCAGAGUUAAUCCAACUGUUACUACUACUCCCUUACGUAAUUUAGCUGCCCAAAGACGUUCUCCCUUACCCCGCCCUAGUAUUUCGCCAAGUAAUGGUGAAAAGACAUUAGACGUUACACAACGUUGCGUUAUUUGUCGUGAUCGUCAAAAGUGCGUUCUCCUCUUGCCCUGCAAGCAUUUGUGCCUUUGUGAGGAGUGUGCCGAUUAUAUGUUUUUCUCUUCCCAAAGACAAAAUUGUCCACUAUGUCGUACAUUUAUUGAUCAUUCGAUGUCCGUUUAUAUUUAAAAGCCAAAUAGGAGCAACUGCCAAAUAAUUUGACAAUGAUUUUCUAAUCUAGUGGUAAGUUUAGUUUUUAAACAAAGAAUUUUUUUAAUCUGUACAAAGUUGUUUUUGUAAAAUAAAUCUUAAAUUAAAAUUUA